UAGGAGUUGGAGGGGCACCUCCUAGUGACAUGGACCCUGACGCCCCAAUACGCAAUAUAUUUGCAGACCAUAUCGCCAUAGGCGAUGGUAUCGUUCAUUUUGUGAAACGUGGCGAGUCAGAUAGCAAAUGCAAUCUGCCAGAAUCAGAGUUGGCGCGAUUCGAAUCGCGUGAAAGAAUCGAGAAAGAAUCCGAUUCUCGCGAUUCGAAUCGGAUUCAAAUCGCGAUUCUUUGAAAGAAAGGAAUCAUAAAAUGCAAGAAUCCGAUUCCCUUUCGAUUCGGAAUCGCACUCUCACGAUUCCCUCCGAUUCUCUGCACAUGUUUCGACAGUGAUCAGGCAACGCAAACGCAAAAGCAGUAGAGUAAAGUAUGAAAUGGUUCCGUGUUGUGAAUUUCGAUUAUGUGGUGAAAUAAAUAUUAAGUUUUAGUUUUAAACUUUUCGUGUACCUUUUUUAAUUUUGCAACAUGAAGACCAAAGUAUUCAUCUGUCCAGCUUUCGCUGUAAGUCAUACAUAAGAAUUACAUUUCUCUUCUAAGUAUUAGUAAUAACUCAUACUCCGAGUAAGUAUCAAUCUGACAUUAUUUUCAUCAGCUAGUAGGUAUUUAAUGUUGUAGGAUUAUAAUUUUAUAGUAGAAUUCAGCUCAAAUACUCAGCUACAGAUCUUACUCGUAGAUAGAUUUACACUUACAUUUUCUCAAAGUUAUCACUUGAAACUUGACCUUUUUUCCUUUAGCAGUAGAUGUAAAGUUCAUUUGUCUGUAGUCUCCUAUCCGGUAUCAAACUUUAAGUUCAAAUUCAAGUAUCCAGGUAUUUAUUGAUAAUCAUUCUGCGUAUUGUCCUAAUAAAAAACUCUCUUACCGCUUUUCUGUUAGAAAUUUAAAUUGUUUAGAAUUUUAUUGCCUACAUUUCAAUUACAAACGCAGUGAAACGCUUAUAGGUUGCAUGCUGUAGUUUUUCAUUCCUCUGCCAAUAGUUUUUUCUCGCAGAUGCGCUAAUUUACGAAUUACUUUCUAGGUUUUGAAGAUUAUGUCGGAAAAUUCUGAUUUGGAUGAUGAUCAUCAUGAUCCAGAAUGGAACCCAAGUAGCAAUGCGUCCAGUUGUGAAGAUUCUAGUUCUCGUUCCCCUUCUUCAUCACGAUCUCGAAAGAGAAAGAAAGAUGAUGGUGAAAUAAAUGAACCAGUAGAUAAUGUAGAUGACAGUGGCAUGAACGACGCGAUGGAAACCUCAGAGGAUCUCACUAUUGAUGUUGAAAAAUUUAAAGAAAAUUACAAAAACUCGCCAAUGCUAGAUGGAAAAUUUUUCAUCUUUGAAAGUCUUACAAAAGUUUUCAAGGAUGGAGCAUUUCGAGAGAUUACGAGGGCCAAAUGUUCAACAUGUUGCGUGUCAAUUUCAGUAUCUGAUAGCAGUCGUUCAAAUUUUUUGCGCCAUAUAAAGACUCAUGGUAAAGAGUAUGAAAAACAGUAUCAAGAGUACAAAAUUCAAAAGAAAAAAGAUCAGAAAAAACGUAAUACUGAAGUACAAUCAUCAACAAGUGGAAACAUUGCGGUUGCUGCUCCUGUGUCAAAUACUGCUCAAAAAACAAUCACACAAUUCUGUACAAAAUUAUCUGCCGACUCGGACUUCUCUGGUUUAUCUCAGUAUCAGCGAAUUAAAUUACAAAAGGAUAUACAACACUUAUUCAAUACAAAAGUUGUCAGAUUUGUGAUAAAUGGAUUGCAUCCAUUAUCUGUUGUUGAAGAAAAUGGAUUUCGCGAUAUGUUUUCAGUGUUUCAGCCAUUUGUUCAAGUAUCAGUGAUGAAAAGGCAUACGUUGACCACAGAGAUUGAUAAGCUGCAACUCCAGGUCAUCGACAAACUGAAACUAAUUUUCGAAAAUGUUGACUACGUAUGUAUUACGUGCGAUAUGUGGACAAGUGGUAAAAAAAGCUUUCUAGGAAUCACUGCUCAUUGGUUGAAUGAAAAUUUUGAAAGAAACUCAGCUGUACUUGCUUGCCGACGAACUACUGGUAAACAUGAUUAUCAAAACUUGGCUGCUGGCAUUGAUGCGAUUCUUCAAAAAUUCAACUUGAAAGCUCAUCAAUCUGAGAGUAAUGGCAAAGUUGUGGGUAUCGUCACGGAUAAUGCAAGGAAUUUUGGAAAAUCGUUCAAAACCUUUGGCUGUAAAAACGUAUAUGCGCAUCUUAAUCCAUCAGAUGCUGAGAACGAAGAUGAUGUAGAAGUCAUCGAUAUCAAUCUGGACUGGGACGACAAUGAGACAGGCACAGAUACGUCUGAUGAAAGUGUACAUGUUGAGUUUGAAUCUGUGCAGGCUGAGUUAGAUGAAGCAAGGUUAAGUUUAUACAAUUUGCCACCACAUUAUACGUGCGGAAGUCAUACGUUGAACUUAUUAGCUUCAGCUGAUUACGCGAAAAUUCUGAAAAAACGUCCUUCUCUGCUCACCUUACAUCAAUCUGCAAUUGCCAAAUGUGGAGUCAUAUGGAAAGGUAGUCGAAUUCCAAGCCGUUUUGAAAAAUUAUAUGCUGUUUACGGACGUCAUAUACCUUACCCCGUGAUAACAAGGUGGAAUUCCUUGUAUGAUGCUCUCAAAUUCCUCAGUGAAAAUGAAAAGAAGCUACCAAUUCUCGAGCAAAUGGGUUUUUUCCGAGAAAAAGAUAUACUCAACGAAGCGGAGUUGCUUUACAUAAGAAGUUAUGUUAAUGUGAUGAAACCAGUAGCCAUAGCACUUGAUAAACUACAAUCAGAUGCUUUGUAUGGUACAUUUUUACCAACUUUAUUCUCGUUAAAAGUAUCGUUGGAAAACGUUGUCAAAACUUCAAGCGUGGCUACGGAGAAAUUUUUAGCUACUGAGCUUUGUACAUUCCUGACUGAUCGAUUCAAAGAGUUCUAUCAAUUAACAGACGAUAGCAUUGUACUGAGCGCCAUCCUAGCUACGAUUUCAAAUCCUGCCUUCAAAACAGGCCCAUUCAAAGAACAAAUGCACGAAAAAUUCACAGAGUUAUUUGUAAAUGCUGUCCUCGAUGUGCUGAAUCGAAAUGAGGAACAUUGUCUUCCAUCAAAAGAAUCCAUUAUAACUGAGCCUGAUGAAGAUUGCGAUGAAUUUCUGUCGUUGUGUAUGCCAAAAGCUGGAAGCUCCGAUGCCAAUUCAGAAACGGAUUCCACCUCGAAAAGAUUAUUUGCAACUAUGAGCGUAAAGACAUUUCUACAGGAUAAACGAACAUCGAUGAAAAUGCUUCAAGAUCACCCACUGAUAGUUCCCGUUUUUCGCAAAUUUAAUGUCUUACUAAGCAGCUCAGCUGCAGUUGAGCGGCUAUUUUCACUUGCUGCCCUUAUUUUAAUACCAAUUCGUAAUCGUUUAACAGACGAUCAUUUUCAAACGUUGCUAAUGCUAAAAGGUAACAAUAAGUACCUAUUAUUAUGA